CACGCGCUUUGGUUCCGCGCAUGCGCAGUCCCGUCUGAAUUUUGAAACAGAAUGGCGGUGCUGCUAGAAACAACAUUAGGCGACAUCGUAGUGGAUUUAUACACCGAGGAAAGACCCAAAGCCUGCUUGAACUUCUUGAAGCUGUGUAAAAUCAAGUACUACAACUACUGCCUCAUUCACAAUGUCCAGAGAGAUUUUAUCGUCCAGACGGGAGACCCUACGGGCUCUGGCCGAGGAGGAGAGUCCGUGUUCUGUAAGCUGUACGGGGAUCAGGCGCGCUUCUUCGAUGCUGAGAAGGUUCCACGGAUCAAGCACAAGAAGAAGGGCACCGUCUCCAUGGUGAACAAUGGCAAUGAGCAGCACGGUUCUCAGGUUCUAAUUUUAUAUAUAUAUAUAAUAUUUAUAUAUUUAUAUACACGUUAGUUUAUUUUAUGAAGUUAACACAUGCAUGUCUUCUGAUAUUGAUUGAUUUUCUUCUUUGAUAAACAUAAUUGCUUUAGUUUUUGUGUUUUAUAUGUUAAUACGCUCGUCGUCGUUAACGACUUAAUUUUAAAAUAAAUAAAUAAACAUAAUGUAUUGUGUUACUGUGUUUGUAAUUCUUUAUAUUAUCUGUCUACUGACUGCAUCCUUUACAGCAAUACAUCAACUGCAUGAUAUUAUUAAAUGAUUACGUUUUUCCUCAAAUGUUUUUCCAGUGAAGGUUUUAUUUUAUUCUGUUUUUUAUUAUUAUUCACGAACCAGGUUUAAUAAUGUCCUUAACAAGAGACGACUGUAGCUACCGGUUUAGCGUUACACAGACUGCAUGUCUAUAUCAUGACACGUUCAGCUCAAAAACAUUGUUUGUGUCAGUAAUACAGUUUCACAAAAUGCAGAGUAAAUUCUAUUACAGACAUUAAAUACCCAAACCAAAUCUCUCUCUGUCUGUCUUUACUGUUAUUACUGAUAAAAUAAAGUGUGUGGGGUAGAGUAGGAGUUCUGUGACACGCAGAAAUCAGUCUGAGAGUGUUUAGUCUUUAAUAUAAUGAUGGACUGAAUCUGAAGGAAGAAAUGGUUAACAGAGGAGUGUUUAUAAUCUCUCCGUCUUUGUGCUCCUCCUCCAAAACCACCUCCUCAUACACACACAGAACCAGGAAGUUCAUUUCAAAGGCUGUUAUUAGAGUCGUUUACGAUUGCUAUCACAAGUUUUUCAAUACAUUGAACAAUUUUCCUAAAUUCUUAAGUUAGCACAACAUCCGUCUGUGUAGGCUGUACAAUUAACACAUUUCUUGUUGCUUUGACACAAAACGCGUACAGUUAACACACAUUUAAAAUGCUUGAACUUCUUUUACACACGAGCUCAACCAAGACCGAAACAGUGGAUUUGUGCUGCCAAAUGUACAAAUGCUUUCACACUGUAUGUCAGAACAGAUCACAUCAUGUUCUAAACCUAACUUAUAGGAUAAAGUCAAAGUGAACAGCUGUUCAUACUGUGAAUUGAAACACGUAUAUAUCCCCUGUAUUUUAUUCCACUGCUACUGAGAAACAGCUGAUUGAAGUUGGGCAAAUAGAUCAAUCACGGCUGAUUCCCAGCUAGGAAACACACUCAGGUGUUGAGCUUCUGUCAAUCGCACGACCAUAUGGUAUACAGUAAAAGAGGACCUCUUUGGGCUGAUCUUGUGUGGAAAAGGAACAAUAUAGAGCAGGGGUGUCAAACUCAAUCGCACAGGGGGCCGAAACUCGAGUCACACUUUAGGUCGCAGGCCGAACAGGAUAAACAUUUAUUGAACAGACUAAAACUUAACGUUUUUCGAACAUAAAUAUGAAUCGAAACAGACCGGAUACAAUAUUAUUCCGAAAUAAAUAAACUGUAAAUAACUUUAAAAAUAUUUCCCUCCAUAAAAAUAUCUACUGUCAAAAUUAUACAAAUUCAAAAUAUGAACGUGCUGCAAAAAAAACCCUGAAAAUAUGAAUAAAAAUUGUGCUUUUAAGUAAAAGUUAAAAUAAUAACAAAUCAAAACAUUUCAUUUUCUUUGCACUUAUGCCAUUUUGUCAGAGCUGGAUGCUUGGCAUCUUUUCUUGGCAACAAGUUCGUUUAUGUUUGGGGUAAGCUUCUGUGUGGUGGAGAUUCUCAGGAUGGACUGCAGGCGUUCAUCAGAGAGACGACUCCUGUGUGAUGUUUUGUUAGUCUUCAUCACAGAGGACAGCUUCACACACAGAUAUGCACUACCAAACACGCACAAGGUUCGAGCCGCAUGUAGACGGAGCUGGGGCAUUGCAUCAGGAAUGAAGCGAGUAGACUGUGCGGGCCCCGCGGUGUCGUGCUCUGUCUUUAGUGUCCCAUUACACUGCAGCUCUAUCAGCUCCAUCUGAAUCUGUACGGGUGCAGUUUCCACCUCGACGGCAAAUGGGUUGUGAAGCAGCUCGAAAUGACCUUUCUGUGCUUCAACGUCACCAAAGCGCCGUGCGAACUCAGUGCGAGGUGCGCUCAGUUUAUCAGCAAAGUGUGCAUUUGGGAACACCGCGGCGCUGACUUGGUUCAACAUUACUUGGCAACAGGGAAAGUGAGACGAGUUGCAUUGGUGCAUUUGUGUCUCCCAUAAGCGCAGCUUCACUUGAAAUGCCUUCACUGCAUCAUACAUGUCAGUGAUCAUGCGGUCCCGUCCCUGGAGCUGAAGGUUUAAGACGCUGACAUGACUAGUUAUGUCAGAAACUCCAACUCACAUUUCCACUUUUCAUCCCGCAGAAGUGUGGAGUCUUUUCCUUUACUGUCCAAGAACUGGCAGAUUUCCUCGCCCAACUCAAAAACUCUGUUGAGAACCUUUCCCCCGACGUAGCCACCACGCCUCUGUGUGAUAAGGCAAGUCGCCAAACUCAGAAUCUCUUUCCCUCAUAAAAGACUGAAAUUGAUGAUUUAACCCUUUGGCUCUGAUAAAGUUUACGGCUUGCGUUACAGUGCUUAUUACAUGUUCCAUUUUUAGGACUUUACCGCAAAGCGAUUCCUGGUGUAUGAUGCAAUGAUAUGCUGCCAACUCACCAGUGCAGUUCUCCUCCUGCAUUUUUAACCGCAUCCUUCCCACUAGUCCACUUUUUUCACCGCACAUCGCCGGUGCUCCAUCUGUUGUAAGUCCAACAAGUUUGUCCCAAGGCAGUUUCAUAUCGGUUACACUUUGACAUACGUUUUCAGAAAUGUCUUUUCCUGUCGUUGUCCCGUGCAUCGAUUUUAACGUCCAAUGUUUCCUCUGUAACGCACAAACUGGAGUCCACUCCACGAAUGAAGAUGGCCAGCUGUGCAGUAUCAGUCAUGUCAGUACUUUCAUCCACAGCAAGGGAGUAUGCAACAAAGUCUUUGCCUCUUUCAAUCUACUGUGUUUUCAAAUCAGUGGCCAUCUCACAAACCCGAUCGGCAACCGUAUUUCUGCUAGGGCUUACAUUUGGAAACACCUGCUUUUUGUCUGGACACAAGACGUCGCACCCUUUCAUCAUGCAGCUCUUCAGAAACUCUCCCUCGGUAAAUGGCCGGGCUGAUUUGGCUCUCUCCUCUGCCACAAUAAAACUUGCUUUCACAGCAGCUUCACUUUGUGAUUUUGCCUUGGUGAUAAACGUCUGCUGUGAUGUCAGAUUCCUCUUCAACUCUUCGACCUUCUGUAGCUUCUGCUCCGCAUUCAGGUUUUUCAACUUGUCCUGAUGUUUUGUCUCGUAGUGCCGUUUUAGAUUAUAUUCCUUAAUUACAGACACAUUAGCUCCACAGAGAAGACGCACAGGUUUACCGGCAGUGUCAGUAAACAUGUACCCAGCCGCCCACCGGUUUUGAAAGGCUCUGUUUUCAGAAUCAACUUUUCUCUUGGCCAGUGUUAAGCGCUAGAUUAACUUGAAAUUAGGGUUUCAUACAUCAACAGAUGCUUGAUCGAUCUGACGCAAUGGACGGGAAUGAUCGCAGGUACCCUGUUGCGCUGCAUUAUGGGAUUUGUAGUUUGUGUGUUACUGGCGCUUCAUUUCGCCGGGCCAUUAAAAGAAAGAUAUAUAAAAUGAUCUGGCGGGCCGGAUAUGAUUGUACGCCGGGCCGGACGUGGCCCGCGGGCCUUGAGUUUGACACAUCUGCUGUAGACAGUUUCUCUAAAUGGGUUGACCACAGGCCUUUCACCCUUUGAGGUGUUAUUCGGACCUUUCCCCGUGGCUUGGAAAAUGUCUACUAACCUUUCUCAUUCCACAGGAAGUGGUGUUGAUAUUCAUCUAGACGACUAGGUGUCUAAAUUGCUUGACUUGUUGUGUACGUGCUAAAUUAAAAUGACCUUUACCCCUCACAGAAACCCACACAUCCUUUUGUUCCAGGAGACCAGGUGUUAUGACCUCAGAAGGACCGAUCCGGAGACAUGCAAGUUGGUUAAAAGCUGUUAACAAAUGAGCUCUGUCCAUUCUAUUUUUCCUCCACCUAUUCUCUGUGACAGGUUGCCCAUUCGGGAACGUACCUGUACCCCUGACGAGGUCUGAGCAUCGGUGAACGUGUCUACAAAAGAAGGAAAUCCUGUCCUGCUGGCUGACCUGAUUCACACUUUACACAUACACAUGUAGUUUUUCCUGUAUUAGCUCUAAUCACAAAACCAAUGACAUGUUUUUACGUUAUUGUCUUUUUCUGUUCCUGUUACUGUGUGUUUUGUUAACCUAUGACUUUCCUUUUGGUUUAUUCUGUGCUACGCUAGAAUAAAAGAGAGGAUUGAAAGGAAA